CACACACACACACACACACACACACACACACACACACACACACACAUACACACACACACAUCUGCACCACGACACAUUCAUAUUUAUACUCAUAGAUGUUUGGGUACACACAGAAAGACUCUGCAUAAACAAAGACACACACACACACACACACACACACACACACACAUACAAACUCUCAGGCCCUCUGAGCAGGAUGGGGAAGCCCUGGAGGUGCCUGCUGGGCCUGAUCCUCCUGGCAUUAUCAGCCUCCACCCACAGCGCCGCCAACCCCUUCUCAGGGCAGCAGACCCCUCCCGACCCUUGCUAUGACGACCAAGGCGCAGCCCGCCGCUGUAUCCCCGAGUUUAUUAACGCUGCCUUCGGGAAGGAGGUGACUGUGUCCAGCGUCUGCGGCCGGCCUCCAUCCCGCUCCUGCAGCGUUGUGGAGCGGGGCGACGAUCGGCCGUCUGUGCGCUCGUGCCAAAUCUGUGACGCCGCAGACCCUCGACGUGCCCACCCUGCUUCCUACCUCACUGACCUCAACUCGGCGCACAACCUCACCUGCUGGCAGUCGGAGAACCUGAACACCUCGCCGCACAACGUGACCCUCACCCUAUCGCUGGGAAAAAAGUUUGAGAUCACCUAUGUCAGCCUGCAGUUCUGUUCACCCCGACCCGAGUCUCUGGCCAUAUACAAGAGCAUGGACUACGGCAAGACCUGGAUGCCCUACCAGUUCUACUCCUCGCAGUGCCGUCGUUUUUACAAUCGGCCAAACAAAGCAUCCAUUACCAAGCAGAAUGAGCAGGAGGCUCUGUGCACAGAUGGCCACACCGACCUCUACCCGCUGUCUGGAGGGCUCAUCGCUUUCAGCACUCUGGACGGACGGCCCUCCGGCAAAGACUUUGACAACAGCCCCGUCCUUCAGGACUGGGUGACUGUCACCGACAUCCGCGUGGUCUUCAGCCGGCCCCAGCUUCCCCGGGAGCAGGGACUGGGGGCUGCAAGCAACAGCGACGACCCCAUGGCGGUGACAUCGUCGCUGCCAACUUAUUUCUAUGCAGUGGGAGACUUCCAGGUGGGCGGGAGGUGUAAAUGCAACGGACAUGGCUCCCGCUGUCUGAAAGACAAGGAAGGAAAACUGGUGUGUGACUGCAAGCACAACACGGAGGGCCCUGAAUGUGACCGCUGCAAGCCCUUUCACUACGACCGGCCGUGGCAGAGGGCCAAUGCUCGCGAGGCCAAUGAGUGUCUGGCGUGCAACUGCAACCUCCAUGCUCGUCGCUGCCGCUUCAACAUGGAGCUCUACAAGCUGUCGGGGAGGAAGAGCGGCGGCGUCUGCAUGAACUGCCGCCACAACACCGCUGGCCGCCACUGUCACUACUGCAAGGAGGGCUUCUACAGAGACAUGGCCAGAACCAUCACUCACCGACGGGCCUGCAAAGCCUGUGACUGCCACCCUGUGGGUGCAGCCGGCAAGACGUGCAACCAGACCACAGGCCAGUGCCCCUGCAAGGACGGCGUCACCGGCAUCACCUGCAACCGCUGUGCAAAGGGCUACCAGCAGAGCCGCUCGCCUGUGGCCCCAUGCAUCAAAAUCCCGGUAGUCAACCCCACAGCUGUGGUGAGCAGCACAGAGGAACCAGCAGAUUGUGAGUCGUAUUGCAAACCAGUGAAGGGCAACCUGAAGAUCAACAUGAAGAAAUAUUGCAAAAAGGAUUAUGCGGUGCAGGUGAACGUGCUGGACAUGGAGACGGUCGGGGACUGGGCGAAGUUCUCGGUUAACCUGGUGUCUGUGUACAAGAGCCGCGGCGAGCCCCUGAAGCGAGGCGACAACAUCCUGUGGGUCCACAUGAAGGACCUGGCCUGCAAGUGUCCCAAGAUCCAGAUGAGCAAACGAUUCUUGGUGAUGGGCGGCAGCGACGGUGGGACAGGCACAGGGACGGGUCCAGGGGUCGGGCCUGGGGGCGGGGCCAGCAGUCCAGGGGGGGAGCGCAUUGGCCUAAUGGCUGAUAAGAACAGCCUGGUGAUCCAGUGGAGGGACGUUUGGACGAGACGCCUGAGGAAGUUCCAGCGCAAAGAGAAGAAGGGGAAGUGCAGCAAAGCGUGAUGGGAAAGAAGUGUUCAUCCCUACCUCCAUCACCCACCUUCAUGAACCCUUACCCAGCAACUCUGUCUCCUCCCCCGUCUUCCACCAUCACAGGAACACUGCACAUUAGAAAGACUGCAUGUACCCUUCCUGUUUUUAAGGACCACGUUUUGUGUAUAUUGUAUAAUUAUUUUCCUUUUUUAUUUUUCAAGGUUUGUCUUUGUUGUGUCUCUUUUUUUUUGUCUAAUUGGUUUGCCUUUAAAAGGGACCAUUAAAAAGGGUAUGAAGUGUAGACGAAAGCAGACGCCAUUCCCUCCCUCGACGACGACAGCGGAAAUGUCCACUCGUCCCCCGACGAAGACCCUCUGACCCUCAGCCUCUGCUUCCUGUCAAGACCCGACUGUCUCCUGCCACUUUGUUUAAUGUAUGUGUCACACUCUGAGGAUUUCAUCCAACAGUGUUUGUCACUGACUGACUUCAGCAACAAAACAGGCUGCAUAUCCUCAGCCUGGCCUCCUCACGUUUAAUUUUUGGAACAACUCGGAUCAAUUCGAGCUGGAUCACCUGACAACCUUUCAACGUUUGCUGUUAAAAUGUUAGACCUACUUGCUAAAGGUCUCUGCAGUAACUUCUACAGACUGUAACUAUGAAACUGUAGUCCCGUGAGGAACCAAGGGCUCCCUUUGCAGGGACGUUUUCCACAGCAAACCUCAGUCGCACCACCACUGCUGCUGCAACCAGACAGCCCUCACAGAAUGAACUGCUCGUGUAGGCUCUUGUAUCUGCAAGUAUUCUACGCCACAGCUCAUAGUAGAGUUUAUAUUCUUCGUGUGGCUACUUGUAUCUCAUCCAUCCGUAUCACAGCCAUAUCCUUAUUUGAGAUAUAUCCUUUUGUUUCAUUUAAGCAGAACAAACCCUGUUUGCAUGUGAGUCACAUUCCAGGCCUCCGGGGCUGUGCCUCUUCACCACUAGUCCCUCUCAUGAGUGGUUUAUAAAGUCAUGUAUCACCAUGAUGACUCAUGGCUUGUCACAUUUUUCUGGAAGAAAGAUUAAGCGGUGUGGACAAAUGGCUGGAAUUUCAGAACAAUCCCAAUAUUUCCAAGGAGACUUUUUCUUUGCUUUAUGGAUAAUGUCUUCCGCUCGGUAGUGGCCUUCCAGAUGUUGUUGUGUAACCAUUGUCAUUUCUUUGUAUUUAAAUGUCUGAACAUUUGGACUGGCAGGCUCUUGUUUGCCGAAAUAAGAGAUUGAAACGAGAGUUCCUUUUCAUGCAGUAAAAAGAAAACAAAGUUGGAUAAACAACAUAAUCGUGUUUUUCUCUAGUGUAUUUUGACAAAAUGAAUGAGGCUGGAAAGUUUUUAGUGCUCACUGAUUGUAUUAUGACAUGUGAGGAUCAUAUUUCAUUCCUCAUGUGCUUUGUUAUGUUUGCAUGUUUGUGGUUUUUUGCUGGUCCAUCAAAACCUUACAGUGAGCAGAGCAAGACCUAAACUAAAAAUGAGCAUCCAAAGGAAAACUUCCCAAGUCAUCUUCCCCCCCCCCACUUGCCUCCCCUUACACAAUCCCUGUCAUCCUUUGCCAAAUAAGUGUAGUCAGUUUUAAAAUUCAAUUAAGAGGACUAUAGAAGUCACGACCAACGAAAACCACAGAGAGACCGUCUGGUUGCUCUCGAGCUUUUUAGCUGCCUUUUACUGUUAUUUCAUUUUGUAAAGCACAUUAGAAUUUAUUUAAAUAGAGUACAAGAUAAACACAGUUUUGAGAGGUACAUCAAGCUAGCGUAGCAGCGAGUGUGCGGGCAGGCAUGUCAUGCUAGCGAGUGGUUACGCUCCCCUGGCUGCGGACGUAUGUUUGGUUUGUGAUUCUUACAAAAGUGUCUCUCCUCUCCUGUCCUCUCUGUGUCAGCCACCACCUUCCCCAAACUCUCUCUCUCUUUUUUUAAAAAACCCAUUUUGCAUGUUGUGUAUUCAGUGUCUCAGAUAAGUGACAGCUCAGAACGAGGCUGCCAAACCCCCUCAGUGGUUUACUGUACCACGCUGUAGCUCCUGUUGUCACGUCUUCCGAGAAUGUAUGUCAAACUGUGAAGAACACACUCAACACACGUACGGUCUGAUUGUAAAUGUUCAUGAAGUACAAGAAUGUGGACGCCAUGACAGUGUAAUGCUAUUAUACACUUUGAACGGGAUGUUGCUCAGUGAUUCUGGGCCCGUCUGCUUUUAUAAUGACAAAUUUAAUCCAAAACAAACCCUUAACCAAAAUGAAUUAUCACCCACAGGGAUGUUUGUGGUGUGACAAAAGAGCAAAGUACAAAUAAAGUCUGGUAACACUCGUCUAAAACAAACAUUAUAACCACACUUGUAAUGCGUUAUGUUUAUACCACUGUAUACGUUUAGUUAUAAGCACUCAUAAAAUGAAUAAUGCCUUAAGCAAUUACCAUAAUUGACUGUUGAGCAUUUAUGACCUUAUGACUCACUGAUCAUCAUAAUACUUUAGAACUGCUGGUCACUCACUGACCUUUGCUGCAUUAUAAUUCCCAUUGUCGUAGUUUUUAUGCUUUGUUAUUAUAAGCUACUCUUAGGGUGGUUGUUGUUUGCUUUAAGUAACGUUCAACAAAAAUACUCAAAUGUAAGAGCAACACACAAAACCCAAGCCAAUACUGACCACCUACAGAACCCUAUAAUGCAUUAUUAGUCAUAUCAUAAUGUAAUACAGCUAUAGAAAUGAUCAAAUCCUUUCAAAGGGUAAAAGUAUGAAAAUGUGUUAUAUAAGACCAUUUCUGAGUGCUUAGAACUAUAAUUAAACAGCGCUAUUGGCAGAUUAUAAAGCAUGUUUGAAAUGCGUUAUAGACGUGGGAGUCAUAGAGUGUUACCAAAAGCUCUGACAGCAACGAUGCCCAGGGCACAAUUCCCACCGUUGGAAUUUCUCAAAAAUGCAGAACCAAACAGUCAAUUAUUUGUGUGUUGGCUGUCCGCAGUGGCCCGUCAGACAGGUGGUGUUACAGUAGCACCAGUCUCCUCGCCCCGGUAUGUGAGUUUGGCGUGACACAUUAUGAUUGAUGGUCAGACUGCGUGCCCAGGAGGCCUCUCUGGCACUCGAGCGCCCAACACACUUGCUAAGAAACUGCGGUGUCUUGAAUCUGGACUUUCUUUCAUGCACAAAAUCCUCCUUUCCUUUUUCUAUUGGCUCUGUUUUCCUUUUCUCAAGUGCCCACCCUGAAUGUUGGAAUAAAGAUAAGACGUAAAGAGUGAGCCAGAUGUCGUUCGGGGGGUGGAAGCGAAGUCUUGUGAAAGCUUUUUUUUUUAGUGAGCCUCAUAGGGAGAGCCGUCCUGUUGCUUCACGUUAACAAGCCCAGCAGCUUGGCAGUGGAACUGAGGCCAUAACUGCUCUGCUUUGUUUCCCCCCCUUCCCCACCCCCCAUCUCUUCGCAGCAUUUAUAGCAUUCACAGGUGUGUGUGUGUGUGUGUGUGUGUGUGUGAGAGUGUGUGUGUGUGUGAGAUUAACCUUACCCGAUUAAACAAGUGAUGAAGAGGAUGUAAGAGAGCGCUCAGUUGACGGAGCACAGAGCGUCUCCGCCUGGCCCCCGUUUAAUGUUUGACGAGUCUGAACAGUUUAUGAUGAAGAAAUAUAAUUUACAUUUCCCCCGACCUGAUUCCCAUUUCUUCUUUGGUUCACUUCCCUCAUGUCUUGUUUAAUGAGUCUUGACACAUUUUCAAUGUUGUAAAUAUGUUCCGAACUGCCUCUGCCAUUCAUGUUUGUCUCUUGUGAAAGCGUCACUUGGCCCCGGAUGACUCGCGUGUAUGGAUGUACAAACCAGAUGAUGUUAUAUGGAUGUGGAAACCAGUAACAUAUGCUUUUGUGAUCACGGCCAGAAGAUGUGGUUUGGAUAUUACACAGAAUGUAUUCUUUUUAUGGUUUUAUGUUGUUUCCGGACAACAACAGCCCUAUCGCUAAUGACUUUGAGGAGAAUCUAGUGCAAAUGUGACGCGGGGUGAUCACACCCUCUGCUUUUCCCAUAGAGUCACGGACAGGAACUGACACAACAACCCACCGCUUUCUGUUACAUCAAUCUGCCGGGAGUAUUGCUUCACUCACACAUAAAUCGUCCACCUAUCAUUCUUUGGGAACAAAGGGAGAAUUCUUCCCUCAGUUCAGUCCUGCUCUUCACUCCUGCUAUAUCAAAGUCUUCCUUGUACAUUUUUCCUCUGAGGCAAUGAACCACUGACUUUUUAAUCUAAAUGAUACAAAAAUAAAUUAUUAGUUAAUGA